AUGGCGAGCAAGUCGUCGAUGUCUGAUGAAAAUAAAGCACUAAAACGUAAAAAGGAAAUAGAGAUUAAAAAUGCAGAAAAUCCUCAGUGUUCCUCACCAGCAGGGCCACCUCCGUGUUUGUCUGACAGCUCUAAAGAUGCAGACAUUGAAACAUUGAUGAAAGAUAUAAGCAACGACAUAAACCUUCAUUUUGCCAAAUAUGCCAAAGCAUUAAGUGAAAGAUCUGCAGUGGAUGCAUCGUACAUACAGGAAUUUAAUGAGAUUUUGAAGGAAGCCAGAUCAGUUGAAGUUCAUUUAAAGCAGAAACGGGAAAGUCUUAGAAAUCGACUUACUAUGAUUGCUAAUAAAUUACAAAGAUAA